AUGGAGGGCGAGGAGGAGUACAGGGAGGAAGGAGAGGAAGAGGAGGAGGAGGAGGAGGAGGAGGAGGAAAAGGAGGAAAAGGAGGAGGAGGAAGAGGAGGAGGAGGAGGACGAGAAGAAGGCGCCGUCGGAGGAAGAAGAGGAGCCAGCCCCGUGUCCCCUGACGGAGGAGGUCCUGAAGGAGGGCCUCUCUCUCCUCGCCAAGACCGGCAACGGCCUGGCCCACGCCUACGUGAAGUUUGAAGCCAAAUACAAGGACUUGACAGACAUCAGCCUCCUCGAAUGCUUCAUUCACCUGCGGUAUGUGGAUUUGUCAGAGAACAAGCUGCGAGAUUUGUCUCCACUGAGCAACCUAACCCACCUGCUUUGGCUGAAGGUGGAUAGGAAUCUGCUUGCCAGUGCCUGCAUGCAGGAGCUGCCCUACCUCCAGGUCAUCAGCUUUGCUCACAACCGUAUCAAGGAUACGGAGGGCAUUACUCACCCCCGCUUAGCCAGCCUCAGCCUGGAAGGAAAUAAAAUCCAGACAGCACUGGGCCUGAGUCACGGCCAAUUGUUCAGCCUGCAAACCCUGGAGCUGCAAGGAAACAAGCUGGAGAGCACAGCAGGGCUCAAUCUUCCCAAGCUCAAGAACCUCUACCUGGCCCAGAAUGCCAUUCGGAGCCUUGAAGGCCUUGAGGGGCUUGGACAGCUGACAACUCUGCACCUGCGUGACAACAAGCUUAAGAACCUGGAUGGAUUCUGUAGCAGCAUGAAGUGCCUGCAGUACCUCAACCUACGGAACAAUGGGAUCAGUAGCUUUCAGGAGGUGGCAAAACUGCAGGUCCUCCCCAUGCUGCAGACGUUGGUGCUGUUGGACAAUCCAUGCUCUGAGGAACCCAAUUACCGGCUGGAGGUCCUGGUCCUGCUGCCGCACCUGCAACGCCUCGACAAGGAGGUAGUUGAGCAAGAGGAGCGGGCAGAAGCAAACGAAAUGCAGCAGCAAAGGCAGGAAGAACAGGAAAUGGAAGGAUUUCUCCAGGAUGAUGCAACGGAGUGACCGCUGCUUUUGAUACCUGUUCCCAGAGCCAGUCGGGAGUUGGAGAUGCCUUCCCUGACAGGUGCAGCUGGGGAAGUGAGAAGUGCAGGUAUCAGGGCUACCUUCACAUCCUUUCACCCCUGGAGAAAAGAGGAGGAUUGCCCACCCUGGUCCUGGCAGCUGCCCGGAGGUACUGCAGUGUUUUCACAGUCGCUGCACUCAUGCGCUCUAUCCCCAGUAGGCCCGAGAGGGAAAAAGGGGAAAGGGGAGAGUUACAGGUUCUUGUGGUUUGGUUUAUGGCUCCCAAAAACCCUACGAGAUUUUCUGAUUUGAAUAAAAAUAAUUAAUGAGCCUGGA